GGGGAGACUCCAUGAUUACAGCUCUUCAGCCACCACCCUCGGCAGUGACACGAGACUACAAAGUCACAUUUGGAGCAUUCGCAAGGCACGCUCCCCACAAUGAGGUCUGCGAUGAAGAGUUCCCCACUGAACGGCAGCUGCGAAGUUCGCUUCGCGAUGUCUCUCGAGACAUAAAGGCUCUUUCGUGCUGCGUGCUUUGAUGGCAGAACCCAAACCACUUCGCAGGACUUGUUGAUACUCUCACGAUGCAUUACCUGAUUUCUGCCGCCUUACUAGGAUGUCUGCAUGUCGCGUGUCAAGCAGCGCAGCAACCCCACGCACUGCAGACGUGUCAAGAGAUAUCCAUUGAUGCCUCAAAACAUGUUAGCAACUUCAAAAAUCUACAAGCGACUUCCAACGCAGAUACCUCUCUGUUGCCCCCUGGUUUGGAUGACAUACAUGACAUGGAGCCUGAAAUCGCCGACCUGUGGCCAGAAUAUGGCAUGAAAAGUAUCUUCAUAUACACCUGGCCAGACGUUUUUACCGGCUUUGGAAGAAGCGGUCCCGCAGGUGACGCGUCUCUAGCGUCAAACUACAACUGGACUCUCACAGAUAGAUAUGUCAGAUUCGUUACCUCUCGAGGAGCAAAGGCGUCGUUACAGUUUCAGAUUACCAAUGGCACUGAUCCGGAACAGUCGACCCCCGAAAAGCUGGGCCAAGUCGGAUUCGCCAUCGCGGACAGAUACAUGAAUGGCGCUGGCAACUCUGGCUUUAAGGACACUCUGGAGUUAUUUGACUACUACGUAGAGAUUGACAACAACAAUGAGCCCUCAACGCUGGCAAACUAUAACACUUCUUUCAAAUUUUUCGCUGGAUUUGCCAAAGGAGUCGCUAGAGCAAGUAUCAGAUGCGGAGUUGGGGCUUGGGGAACUAAUCGCAUCGUCCCAACGCAUGCCAACUACUCUGUGUACGAUCCUUAUGUCUCACAGUUCUAUAGGGACUGUAAAGCGUACAACGUGCCAAUCAAAGCGGCCACAUAUCAUUUUACCAACGCGCAGUUCUCUCUCAAUCCAUACGACAUCAAGACUUUGACCGAUCGUUUCCGUUCGGAGAUUCUGGCUCCCACAGGCUUCGCCAAUCUACCCAUCUGGGUAACACAAUACGAUCCCAAUCCAUCUGGCGUCCAGCCCACAUCUGCACAGGCAAUCAAGGAUUACAAUGAUCCCUCAUUCUUUGCCAGUUUCACGCUAGGCACUUCGAUGUAUGCUCAAGAUACAUCGCUGGAUCGAGCCAUGCCAUGGACCGGUUUUGGUUACGGCGGCACCGGAGCCGGUAAUGCACCUUUCCAGCCGUGGUUCAACCGGUCUUCAGCCACAGCAAUACCAUUAAAUGUCGCAGCAGCUUGGAAGCUGCAGGGCGAGCUCGUCGUUUCAACCCCACAGCGACUCCAAUUGUCCGGUUCUUCAUCAAAUGGGUUUGCUGUACUCGCUGGUCGGUCUAAUACAGGAUCUCGUGUGAAUAUCCUACUCAACAACUAUCAACCGAACUACGAUAUUGCUAGAGAAAUCGCAAGACAGAUGACGCCUCUGAUGAACACUUCCACCACCGCCUUUCCCCUGAUACAAAGCAACGGUCUCUUCAACGGUGAACAAGCUUGUUUUAAACCUGGGAAUCCAUUGUUCUACAUUCCACUUUGCCAAUCAUAUGUUCAGGCUUAUAUUCGAGAAAACCAUGCGACGAGGUACCGCCUGAGAGUGUCGAAUCUGCCUUGGAGUGCCCAAAGGUCAUACAAGCUUGUGGUACAGCGAGUUGGAGACGGGACAGUACACAGAGUCUUACUCGAAAAAACAGGCAGAGGGAAAUCCAUAGACAUUAUCCUUGCAUUCCCGGCAAACACCCAAGAUCUUGUUUCAAUCGAGGCACUGUAAAAGAUGCAUGCUAGGAUUUGAAUAAAGAACGUAUUCCAUAGCAAGUCAUGUGAAGCUGCGAGAGUCUGUGUCUAGUUAAACUCAAGUGUUCUUCGAUCGAGGGCCUUGCAAGCACCGGGGCGCAACG